CAGAACUUCAUGAUUGUCGUCUUCGUUUGCAUGUUCAGUUUGCUUCAAAAAGCUCACAGAUUUCAUCACACGGUGUCGUUUUUCUCUGGCAUCAUCGAUCAGUGUUCUUCUCUUAAGAGCCCCUCAAAUUCUUUGAAAUUAGUACACGCGCAGUUGGUAAAAAUUGGCUUGAAUUUCUCAAAUGUAUAUCUGGGCAAUCGAUGUAUCGAUCUCUAUUUCAAUUCGGGAUCACCGAAAGAUGCUGUGAAGAUGUUUGAUGAUAUGUCCAGAAAAAACAUCUUUUCUUGGAACUUAUACUUGAAAGUCUUGGUGAAAUGUUUCGACAUGGCGACGGCGCGUCGGGUGUUCGACGAAAUGCCUGAACGAGAUGCUGUGAGUUGGAACACGGUCAUAUCUGGGUAUGUUUCAAGUGGGUUUCGUGAUAGUGCGUGGGAAGUUUUUGUGGAGAUGAGGGAGCGUGGGGUUGGGCCGACUGAGUUCACUUUUUCAUUGUUGUUGUGUUGUGUGAAAUGUAGGGAUCAUGCUAAGGAGAUGCAUUGUCGCAUUGUGAAGAAUGGUGGGUGUUAUUCUAACUUGGUGGUGGGGAAUUCAUUGAUUGAUAUGUAUGGGAAGCUUGGCCUUGUCGAGUAUUCUCUUGCUGUGUUUUUGAGUAUGGAGAAAGUGGAUGUGAUUUCAUGGAAUGCUAUGAUUUCUGGUUGCUGUAAAUCGGGUUAUGAGCGUUUUGCUUUGCUUCUGUUCUGUGUGAUGAGAAGUAGUGGUUUCGAAGUAGACGAAUACACGGUCUCUGCGGUGCUUACUGCUUGUUCCAACUUGCGGAAUUGGGAGAAGGGUAAGCAGAUGUUUUGUUUUUCUACUAAGAUGGGAUUUCUUUGGAAUGCGGUUGUUUGUAGUGCAGCUAUUGAUCUUUUCUCGAAAUGCAACAGACUGGGAAGCGCGUUGCGUGUUUUUAAGGAGUCAUGUGUGUUCGAUUCAGCUGUGUGCAAUGCAAUGAUCGCCUGCUAUGCUAGUCACAAUAUGGAGGAAAAUGCUUUUCAUCUUUUUGUUUAUACUUUGAGGGAAAGUAUUAGGCCAACAGAGUUCACACUCAGCUCUGUUCUUCACUCUGCUGCUGUGUUUGUUCCAGUGGAGCAAGGUAGUCAGCUCCAUUCGCUCGCGAUCAAAACAGGGUUUGAAGCGGAGGCAAUUGUGGCGAGUUCACUUGUGCAAAUGUAUAAUAAAUAUGGGUUGGUUGAGUUUGCCUUGAAAAUUUUCUCGAAAAUGGCUUCCAGAGAUUUGAUAGUAUGGAAUACUAUGAUACUGGGAUUAGCCGAUAAUGGAAAACUAUUCGAAGCUAUUGAACUUUUUGAGAAACUUCUUGAAAGUGGUUUACAUCCUGAUCAGAUUACAUAUUCUGCGGUUCUUUCAGCUUGCAGCUAUGGUGGAUUGCUCGAGGAAGGCAUGGCUGUCUUCUCCUCCAUGCAGCAGCAGCAGCAGCGGGGAGUAGUUCCGAUGAAUGAGCAUUAUACUUGUGUAGUGAAUAUGAUGAUUCAAGCUGACAUGAUUAAUGAAGCAAUUGAUUUCUUGUACUCGUUGCAAUGGGAACCUGAUUCUCGUAUAUGGGAAUCUCUACUCCUUGCUUGUGGGGAUUAUGAGAAUCUAGAGCUGAUAGAAGCCAUUGCAGACGGAUUGAUGGAGUUGGAACCUCACUCGUCUCUUCCUUACUUGAUUUAUUUGGCUAACACUUAUGAGCAACGAGGUAGAUGGGAAAGCGUUGUUCGACUGAGGAGGAAGAUGGAAAAGGUGACCAGAAAGGAAGUAGCUGACAUCAGUUGGAUUGGUAUAAAAGGCCAUACAUAUUCUUUUGAGGCGAACCCAACAUGUCAUCAUGGUAGGGAGAAUGUUUGUUCGAUUUUGGGAUUUCUAAAGCAGGAUAUGUCGACUGGAGAUGAUAGCGUGUUCAUCAACUGAUGAGAGAUCGCGUUUGAGAGGAAUGAUUGGAUGGAAAGAAGAGAUAGUACUCUACUACUCUGCUAUUUUGGUUUGGCUAUACUUCUGUAUCUUCUCUACGAUGCUUUAAUUCUGCAUAUUUGCAACUCCUGUGCAUCUCGCGAACGUUUGAACUGCAAACUCCAUAUAUUGGUAUUGAACUAUGAAGAACAAGUCGAGCGACAAGUGAGUCCUUAUUCCGCGUCUGCCUUGUCAAUAUCAUCAGUAUCCUCUGAUGAUUCCCAACCAAUCAUCGGUAAAUAAAGUUUAUUGCUGGCAGACAACUUGUAUCUUUGUGGCUGGGAUUAUCGAAAGGGUUCAAAGAACUGUUUGCUUGCCAGACGAAGAGAAGGAAACCAAGGUUAGCCAAAAAACAAAACAAUAUCUCAAAAUUCACUGUUUUGGUGCAGGGUGGAAACAUUAUUCUGCUGACAAAUAAAUUUGAGAACCCAUCGGAUGUCUAUUUUUUCCUCAAGCAACGGAGAUCAGCUGGAUUUCGUUCAUGUGCAAAGACAGAUACAAUUCCACAGAGACGAGGAGAGAGUACUAAGUAGUAUUUCAACAAGAAAUAUCUAUUUUUUUUCUGCUGAAUUGUUGAACAUAGUUUACUCCAAGUUCAUGCUAGAAUGAUCAUUUUCUUGUAAAUGUACAGUCGUUUGUCUGAUUCAUUGUUUUUUUGUUGUGUAUGUUUAUCUGUAAUAUUGGAAUAAAAAUUAUGUGUAACAUACAAAUAUAUGUAUAUAGCUCAUGUUUAUUUUAUAUUGAUGA